CCGAAUCGUUUUUGUGAGAAAAUCUGUUAAGAGUUUCAUUAUUUUAAAAUGGAAGAGCUAAAGAGACUGGAGAAGUUUCAGAGUGUUGUAUCAUCCAUUACUUGUCACGGUUUACUUUCUUCUUCUUCUUCUUCUUCAACCUCCGAUUCAGCUUCUUCUUCUCGCUUCAUCUCCAAUCUCGUCCUUUUCCUGGUACAACCAUGCGGCGAACUCGAUUUAGAAUCGAAACUGGGUCUAGUCUCUGAGUUUUUACCGAAAAUCUCAGGACCUUUCCUGGAAAAGAUAUCGAGUUCACUUGAGCUAGAUGAUGAAGCUACUACACCAGUUAACACAAUUUCAGCAGAGUCUGAAAAGAGUUAUGUGAAGAGGAGUGUCAUGGACAAUGUUGAUCCUUUCAUGUCACAGAAGCACCAAGAAGUUGUGGCAAUGGUCGGGCUAGAUGCAAUGAAAAGAGCAAACUCUACACUUGAGGAUUUCUCCAGGUCUUAUUUCAUGUUCCAUCGGUUGGAUAUUAACGAACCGCAGUCAAUAUUCAGAUAUUUACCAGUGCUUUCAUUCACAGAGAGUUACAUAUAUCAGAUGGAUGCUCUUAAUGAGAAGAUAGUCAGUGAAUCAGCUCGUGGAUCCCAAGUCAUUUAUUCAAGUCAUGGAUGGAAUGCUGAAUCACGAGUUUUGUUUGAAACUGAUCCAUUGAAGCUGCUUGGAGAUCUGCUUGAACGUGAGGGCCUUUUGACACUAAGAAUACAACAAGAGUUUAAGUCGGGUGAAGAGUAUUGGGCGUUAGAAAGAAAGCUAUGUCAUGCUCUUUCAAACAAAAAUAAGAUUUGUCUCGAAGAUGUGAAUGAGUUGCAUAUGGACUUCUUGUCAGUUUCAGAGUUCCUGGUUGAAGUAGCCGAUGAUCUGUUCGAUUACGAGGACGAUGUUCUUGAGAACAAUUUCAAUGUAUUACGUAUGUUUGUAGGAAUAUUCGGCUCAUCGAAUGCACCCACUGAACUGGCGAAGCGGAUAUCAGAAGCUGAAGAGAAGUAUGAAGAGAUUAUGAAAUCUCUGGAUCCACAUUUGUCUUCAAAUUAUCAAAGAAGAUGUGAAGAAGCUACAAAAGAAGGUGGGAAAAUUUCUGGUCAUUCGCUGGGAACAUGGAACAUACCGGCGGUUAUUUCCGACGAAGAAGCAUACCGAGCUGCUCAACGGUAAACCGGGAUUUAAUUAAGGUUGUAUACCAGA